UCACCAUAGUGUGACCAGUGUAACCAGCUGCUCCAAAUGGCGUGAGGUCAUUUUCUGGAUAAUGGCGGUUGAUUCCAAUUUUGUGAGCCUGCCGUAGUCUGACAGAGCUAGUUUGCUGUUUGCUACACACCCAAAAGGGAAGUGACUUGCAAACUUCUGAGAUGCAAUGGCCCAGGAAGUUCAACCCGCACCUGGUCAGCAGAAUUCUGGGACCAUCCAGGUUGAGGAGGCUAAUUCUGCAAAGGAGACUGCAACAUUGAACGAGAAGCAAGGAGCUACGUGCGAUGCACAGCAUCCCGAAGUUCGAGCACGUCCUGUCGAGCAGGGUGGAGAGCGACCUCCUGAAGAAGUUGCUUCAGAAGAUUUGUUCACCAAGCAAAGUGAAUCACUCUGCACCUGCUAUGAGCAGAGGGCUCUGGCACUGGAAAGAGCAGCCAAUGCUACAAGGCAAGCAGAAGGCCUUCGAGUUCAGCUUGCUCAGUCUCAGGCUCACGCAAAGCAAAUAGGGGACGCCUGGGAGCGGCGAUUGAAAGAAGUCGAGAUGGAAUACUCCGAACGGGUCACUAAAUUAUCUGCCGAAGUGGAUGGCCUCCGUGCCCAGCUGGCGGAUGCGGAACUGCAGUUGAGUGCAAGCAAGCACCACUGUGAGGAAGUGGGACGAAAAAAUCAAGUACUGGAGCAGAAGUUGUCCUCCGUAGAUUCGAGUUCAAACGAGGAUCUUCAGAAGGAGCUGGAGAGGGUUACAGAACGCAGCAACCAUCUCUCCAAGGCCCUGGCAGAAGAGCGUCACCGGAACAGACAGUUGACAGCCGAUGCCGGUCUGCACCAGCAACAGAUUGCAAUUCUCGAAGCGCAGCUCGAGGAGAGAUUGCUCGAACUGAAGCACAAGGACGAGGUGCUGGAACUAUUCGGAACAAAAGCCCUGGAACACGUAGCAAGGUCCGUCGGACCGUCGGGUCGCACCGACUUGCUCCGUCUCGUAGCCGUGCUAACGGGGUCGUCCUGGCUCGGAGAAGAAAUUGGACGUUCCGCAAGCAACGGCGAAAGCGGUAAAUGCGACAGCGGAUAUCAGGGAAGCAUUGCGGGCGCGGUCCCUAAAGCGUCCGCGGGAACGAAACCCGUCGAGGAAAAAGCCGCCGAGAGCGAGGACCCGGUAGAAGUGAAGAAGGAGAUAAGACGUUGCAACGAAAAACUGAAGAAACUUUUGUGGCGGAGGCGGAGCCAGGUCCACGCCCUGGAAAACAGCCUCGACGCGGACUCGAAGCCGCGGCUCUCCAGCACGGGCUUCGAGCCAGGGUGUGAUGCGUGUCUGCUUCCGGGUGCAGUGAGGAAAGUUGGAGCGCGGAAGGAAAGGCAGCUCUCGUCGACACCGCGGGUUGCGCUCGAAACGCUUUCCGACGUCUCGAGCAUCUCUCAAGACGUCGCCGAUGAUGCCGCGGGUUUUAACGGUCCGUCGAGCGAAAUGAAAGAUACUUCUGGAAGCGUUUUUUUGUGGGACUGCAACGAGAAGCGAAAUCGACGUUCGAGCAGGCGGCGUGAGGUCUCGGAUGAAAGUCCGCGCUUUAAGGCUCCCUCAAGUGAGACUAAGGACACUCCUGGAAGCAGGAAGGGGACGGACUACUUUGAGAGCAGGGUGCUUGGCUCAAGUAGCGGCAGAAGUGAUUUUAAAGCGAAAGAUUCGGCCGUGAGAUCGAACGGGACAAGUCAGUACGUGCAGAAGGAUCACGUGAGUGCUUCAGGAAUGAAAGGUGCUGCUACAACAGCGGCAGUUACAGACAGGUACAAGAGCAAAGCGCGUAGAUCAUUGAACUUUGCUCAGCAUGAUACCGCUGAGCGUACAAUGCCAUUUUCGUUCAGUUCUAACAGCAGUGCACAUUCAUCUAACGUUGCUCAAGUCUCGUUGACGUUUGCCACGCCUAUGGUGAUAAACAUCAGUUCGAUUCCGCAGCCUCGUACCGGAGAUGUGGCUACCUAGUAUGCUUUGUUGAUAAACAUGUUAAAUACAUAAUGAAUAAUUGUCAUGUACAUACAUUAAAAUGUGGCCGUCACCUCUGGGGCUUAUUUAUAACUAGGACAUGACCGUUUCGUGAAAGUGCAACACAAAAGGGUGUACAUAGAGGAAAUUUAUAAUUUAUUGACGAAAGAGCAUUUUGCAAAGGUACAUUCCGUUUGUGUUGCCAUCCUUGAAGAAAAAAAAAAGGUGACGAGACUCGACAGUACAAAUAAAGGCCUAGACAUGCGUACGACGAAGCAUGUUUAUUGAUUUAUUCGCUGUUCAUUUGUUUGUUGAAGCUCUUUUGCUGCACGUACUAUCUGAGUUUUAGUGUUUCAGGUAAAGUACACAUAUUUCUAUGCAAGAAAUGUCAAGCAACUUUUUAGCAACUGUCAAGCAACGGUAUGUAUCUGCGCACCUAACCGGAAACAAUCUUUCAUUGGCUUGUCUGACUCUCUGGUCCUCCAAAAAUCAAGUUUGGCUCCUCGGGCUGUUUGAUUUUUCAGAUAGUUUCGCUCAUGUUCCAGUGUUUAAUGCAAAAAAUUAGACAGCAUUUUCUCAUCCUUGCAUGUAGGUGUCAGUGCAAAAUUUCACCAUGAAUUGUGGGUAGAAACUGCCAUGCCAUUUCUUCCUGUUGAAUUUGAGAUUCAACCCAAAAAUGUCUCUCUACCUAUGUGAUAUGUGCCAUAUAUGUAUUUUACAUACUGCGGUAGUAAUAAAGCAAUAAGGAUGUAUGUGUUUCAUA